AUGACACCGUCAAAUCAUGGAACCGUGUCUGCAGUUUACUUUGCGACGCUUGCCGCAAUGCCGUCACCAUCACCGAAAAAAGCCAUGGACGGCCUGCUGGGGAUGCAGCUGGAAGCCCUGCGGGAGAGUGUUCUACAGCAACACCACAAGGAGGUCGGUGAAUUGAGGAAGACAAUUGUGGAACUGCGCCACCAGCUGUACUUUAAUGACACCGAUGCAGUGUCGGUCUGUCACGAGGCGAUUGCCCAUGGGAGCGCUGUGGGGCGUUGGGCGGACUUUGCAGCGAAGCUCCUCGACAAGGACGAGGAGUCAACCGAAGCCGAGCCCGACCAAGAGAAGCCAAACCAGAUGGAGACCCUGAACAUGCGACCGGUCUGGUUCUCCAGUACCUGGCAGGAGGCCGCGAAGAACCGACGAAUGCGUGGAUACCGAGUUUCCGAUCGGCAUUCACUGCCUCAGAUACGGAUGAGCGACGAUCUUACAGACAGUACUUGCUUGCAGCGCUUUGUUUUGAGACCCCGCAGCAAGCCACAGCUCACGUGGUCCCUGCUGGGCACACUGCUCAUCCUCUGGGAUCUGAUCACGAUCCCACUCGAGCUCUUCAACAUCCCAGGCUCCAUCGACUUCUUCACCACGACGUCCAGGAUCACUCUGGCCUUUUGGCUCGUGGACAUGCCGCUGAACCUCUGUUUCGGGGUCGAAAGAGGCGGACGCGUGGAACUCCGACCCACAGAGCUCUUCAAGAUAUACUUACGCUCUUGGUUCGUGUUGGAUGUUCUUGUCAUCUCCCUGGAUGUGGUGUUGAUGGUCGUCGAGAUAAUUUCGACAACGUCGACCGAUGACCAGAGCAAUACGGGGCUCAG